AUGGCCACUCCCAUUCUCAUCCCGCCCAUCCCCGAGCUCGCGGCGCGCGCACAAGCCUUCAAAGCCCUCCACACGCCGGGCAACCCGCUCGUGCUCGCCAACGUCUACGACGGCGCGUCCGCCCGCAUCGUGGCCUCGCUUCCGCAGUGCCGCGCGCUCGCCUCGGCAAGCUACGCGCUGGCCAAGGCCAUCGGCACCGAGGACGGGCAGCUGACGCUGGAGCAGAACCUGGCGUUGCUGGCGCCCGUCGCGGCCGUGGCGCACGAGCGCGGCCUGCCGCUGACCGUCGACCUCCAGGACGGCUACGGCGACCGGCUCGAGGAGGCCGUCCGCCGCGCCGUCGCGGAGCUGGGCGCCGUGGGCGCCAACCUCGAGGACUCGCACCGCGAGGACGGGCGCAUGAUGGGCGAGGCGGAGGCCGUCGGCCGCGUGGCGCGCGCGCGGCUGGCGGCCGCCGACGCCGGCGUGCCCGACUUCGUGGUCAACGCGCGGUCGGAUACGUUCCUGAUGGGCGGCACGCUGGACGAGGCGAUCCGGCGCGGGAAGAGUUAUCUGGAGGCCGGCGCGACGACGGUGUUCGUGUUCUGGCCGUUCGACAGGGAGAUGCUGGAGGAGGACGUCAAGCGCGUGGUGGACGCGCUGGGCGGCAUGGUGAAUAUCCUGCCGAGGACGGCGUCGCAAGUGCAGACCAAGGCGCUGAGCACGGCGGACCUGGCGAGGCUCGGCGCCGCGAGGGUCAGCGUUGGCCCGCUGCUGUACCGGGCGGCGGCAGAGGCGCUGACGGCCAAGGCGAAGGAGGUGUUCGGCCCCCUUGGUGCUUAG